AUGUCCUGGAAACUCACAAAGAAGCUCAAGGAGACUCAUCUUGCACCUCUGACAAGUGGCUUUGGCCGCUCUUCAUCGACCUCUACCCUUAAGUCAGACGAUCCACCUUCAGUUCCUGAAAUUACUAGUGGAGCAACGACACCAACAACUCAAAGUGUUACAUCUGCCAAUGGGAUAGCUGCAUCGGAAGCUCUGGUUUCUCCUCCUGCGGCCCCUACCAAACCCGGCAUCCUCAUCGUCACGCUUCAUGAAGGUCAAGGUUUCUCGCUUCCUCCGCAUUAUCAGGCAGUGUUCAACAAUCACUUUGCCCAGGGAGCAGUAGCUGGCUCUGCUCGACCUAAUUCAUCUUACACCGGCGGCUCUUUUGCUGGUUCAUAUGCAGGAUCUAAUCGACCAGCUUCUACAAGUGGUGGUAUCAAUGCUGCUCCGACAAAUCAUGGCCGCUAUAACAGCCGAUACCUUCCAUAUGCUCUAGUUGAUUUCGAUAAGUUACAGGUAUUUGUCGAUGCCGUACAAGGAUCCCCGGAAAAUCCUUUGUGGGCGGGCGACAACACAUCCUUCAAGUUUGACGUCUCGAGAGAGACCGAGCUGAGUGUGCAGCUGUAUCUGAGAAACCCAGCAGCGCGUCCGGGUGCGGGAAGAAGCGAGGACAUCUUCCUAGGUGGGGCCAGAGUAACACCAAGAUUCGAAGAGACACGACAGUAUAUCCCGGAUCCUAGGAAGAGCAAGAAAGACAAUGACAAGGCGGAAGCCAUGUUUACCACGCAAGAGAAACAAGCCGGACAAUUAGGGGCGCAGUGGUUGGACGUCCAGUUCGGAACUGGCAAGAUCAAGAUCGGCGUCAACUAUGUUGAGAGCAAGAAGGGAAGCCUGAAGAUUGAGGAUUUCGAGCUUCUCAAAGUUGUAGGAAAAGGCAGCUUCGGUAAAGUCAUGCAGGUGAUGAAGAAGGAUACUGGACGAAUAUAUGCCCUGAAAACACUCCGGAAAGCUCAUAUCAUCUCGCGAUCCGAGGUUGCACAUACACUCGCAGAAAGAUCCGUCCUGGCACAAAUCAACAAUCCUUUCAUCGUACCGCUCAAGUUCUCCUUCCAAUCUCCUGAGAAGCUUUAUCUGGUGCUGGCAUUUGUUAAUGGCGGCGAGCUUUUCCAUCAUCUACAGAAAGAGCAGCGAUUCGACAUUAACCGCUCCAGGUUCUACACAGCUGAGCUGUUGUGUGCCCUUGAAUGUCUGCAUGGCUUCAAAGUUAUAUACCGAGAUCUCAAACCAGAAAACAUUCUACUCGACUACUCUGGUCAUAUUGCCUUGUGCGAUUUCGGUCUCUGUAAGCUGGACAUGAAAGACGAAGAUCGCACAAACACUUUCUGCGGAACGCCAGAGUAUCUCGCUCCCGAAUUGCUACUUGGUCAUGGGUACACUAAAACAGUCGACUGGUGGACUCUUGGCGUCCUCCUCUACGAAAUGCUAACUGGAUUACCACCAUUUUAUGAUGAGAAUACGAACGAGAUGUAUAGAAAGAUUCUCCAAGAACCUCUCCACUUUCCUGGACUUGACAUCGUCCCUUCUGCCGCCAAGGAUCUCCUGACUCGCUUACUUGAUCGUAAUCCUGAACGUCGAUUAGGCGCGAACGGCGCUGCGGAAAUCAAGGCGCAUCAUUUCUUCUCUAACAUUGACUGGAGGAAACUUCUACAGAGGAAAUAUGAACCCAGCUUUCGACCUAACGUGGUUGAUGCUCGUGACACGGCUAACUUCGAUCGCGAAUUUACCUCUGAGGCGCCAACGGACUCGUACGUGGAUGGACCAAUGCUCUCACAGACCAUGCAACAGCAGUUUGCAGGAUGGUCAUACAACCGACCUGUUGCUGGGCUUGGGGACGCUGGUGGAAGUGUAAAGGACCCGUCUUUUGACAAUAUCUGA